GCUUUCGCAUGACUCGCUGCACUCGCGUGACCACAUCGACAAUUUUAGAUUCUCUUCACUUCAGCUUCUACUUCGCCGCCAUCACACAGUGACUGGCUGCCGUGACAGGUUAAGAUGUCGGCUGUCAGUCCGGAGCAGGACACGGCAAGUGUGCACCCGAACGGUAACAACACUGCGUCCAAAACGAAUGGUGCGCCGGCCACAGAUGGCACGACCGGCGAGUUAGAACCCGGCGACUCCGACGAGGACGACGCCGACGAGGGCCAUGAGGAGCCACAUGGCGGGGCUAAUGGAGAAGGCACUGGGGCAGCGAAGAAAAAGAAGAAGAGAAAGCCUCGCAAGAAGAAGAAGGCCGGCGUCAGCGGUGCAACUGGUGGAGGAGCAAAAGCCCAGACCGCUCCUCCACGCAUCCCCGUUGCACAACUCUUCCCAAACGAUACGUACCCGGUUGGCGAAGAAGUAGAGUACAAGGAUGAUAAUGCCUUCCGCACUACGAGUGAAGAGAAGAGGCAUCUCGACCGCAUGAACCAAGACUUCCUGACUGACUACCGCCAAGCCGCCGAGGUGCACAAGCAAGUUCGGCAGUACGCGCAGAAAGCUAUCAAACCGGGCAUGACCUUGACCGAAAUCGCGGAGUUGAUCGAGGACGGCACGAGGCAUUUAACCGGACACAUGGGGCUGGAGGAAGGCGACAACUUGAUCGCAGGCGUGGCGUUCCCGACCGGGCUAAACUUGAAUCACAUCGCGGCGCAUUACAGUCCCAAUGCUGGUAAUAAGACGGUGCUCAAGCAGGAGGAUGUCAUGAAAGUGGACAUCGGCGUGCACGUCAAUGGGAGAAUUGUGGACAGCGCUUUUACCAUGGCGUUUGAGCCGCAGUACGACAACCUCCUUACCGCAGUCCGUGAAGCCACCAAUACCGGGCUACGCGAAGCAGGCAUCGACGCUCGACUAGGCGAGAUUGGCGCCGCAAUCCAGGAGACAAUGGAGAGUUAUGAGUGCGAGAUUAACGGGACGACGUACCCCAUCAAGUCCAUCCGGAACCUCAACGGGCACACGAUAGCAAACUACAGCAUCCACGGCGGCUCCGCGGGCAAGUCUGUUCCUAUCGUCAAGGGAGGCGGGAACGAGAGGAUGGAGGAAGGCGAGACGUACGCCAUUGAGACCUUCGGGUCUACGGGUAAAGGCUACGUCCGCGACGAUCUCGAGACGUCGCAUUAUGCCAAGAUCGCCGAUGCGCCCAAGGUCGCGCUGCGCGUUGCCAGUGCGAAGACUUUGCUGAGAUCCAUUGAGAAGAACUUCGGCACCCUUCCCUUCUGUCGGAGGUACCUGGAUCGGUUGGGCCAUGACAAGUACUUGCUCGGGUUGAACAACCUGGUGCAAAGCGGUGUGGUGCAAGACUACCCGCCGUUGGUGGAUGUCAAGGGGAGCUAUACGGCGCAGUUUGAGCAUACUAUUCUGCUCCGGCCAAAUGUCAAGGAGAUUAUUAGUCGUGGGGACGACUAUUGAGGGAAUUACCAGGCCGAGGUAGCUGGACUCUGUACGCUCCAUUGAUGUCAGAUGAAGUCAUGAGAACCAUGAGCGGGCGUCUGUGUUUAAUAGCAUAUGCUGGGCCAGUUUACUUCGCUCACAAAACUGUCGAUGGUCCGUAUGGAUCUGCCUUCAAUAUCAUCCCAGUCAUGCUUCACUCGAA